GAUUCGAUGCGUCACGCUUUAUGCGGUUUAUGGCAUCUCCUAGAACGAUGACUAACGUAGUUCUGCUUUCGUGUGGUUCGUUCAACCCAAUCACAAAUAUGCAUUUGCGAAUGUUUGAACUAGCAAGAGAUGCACUGCAUAGAACUGGAAUUUUGUCUGUCACCAAGGGGAUCAUCUCACCUGUAAACGAUGACUACAAAAAACUGACCACCAAGACACUGGUGUCAGGCUAUCAUCGAGUACAAAUGGCCAAGUUAGCUACGCGAACAUCAGAUUGGGUACAGAUCAGUGAUUGGGAAGUGAAACAAGACUUAUGGACGGAAACGCUGAAUGUCUUAAAGCAUACAAAAGAGGAAGUAGAAAGUGAAAUGAAAAAUGAAGAUUUCACUGUCAAGUUACUAUGCGGUGGAGAUCUGUUAGAAUCAUUUGCUGUUCCUGGAUUGUGGAAUGAACAACAUAUGACUUCAAUAAUUUGUGAUUAUGGUCUGGUUGUGAUAACGAGACAUGGCUCAGAUCCUGAAAGAUUUAUUUAUGAAUCUGAUUUGUUGACCCGUUACAAGAACAACAUAUUGAUUGUAAAAGAAUGGAUUUCCAAUGAUAUCAGUUCAACAAAAGUCAGACGUGCAUUGAAAAGAAAUGAAAGCAUUAAAUAUGUUGUUCCUGACCCAGUCAUUGAUUACAUCAAGCAGAAUGGUCUAUACAAGGCCCAAGAAUUGUGUAAAUGAAUGCGAACCAACAUUUGUAUUCUACAUUGAUCUAAUGGCAGCCCUUUCAAAGUUAAAUUAUAAUUGCCCAAUCAUUUUAACAUAUGAUCUCUGUAUAGACCAUUAGGGUAACCCAUACCUUGGAUGAAAAAUUGCACAAAUAGCCAUUUGUCAGUUAGAUCAUUUAUGUGUAGUUUACAAUGUACAUUAAAAUAUGGUUUUUGGUAAAUAAAACACUCUAACAACUUCCA